UACGUCACUGGAUGGCAGGAAUAAAAUGCCCCGAUCGAAGCACAACUUCACUCAAACGAGAGCAUCAUGCUGAAGUUUGCAGUGAUUUUCUGUCUGAUAGUGGCAGUCGCCGUUCAGGCGGAGCCGAAGAAAAAGGAAAAAGAAGGAAAGAGCAGAGGAGGAGGCCCACCUGAAGGGGGACCUGAAGGCAAACAAAAGAUGGAAGCCAUGAGGAAAGCUUUCGAUGCUGAACCCCGUGCCUGCAACCCUAUGUUCUUGAUCAAUGCAAAGGACUGCGCCAACGUCCCGGUCGUUUUCUCGAAAGAGGUGUUCGGCAAGUGUGGAGGUCAUGGAAAAAAGGACAGACGUCGCAAAACCAGAGAUGCUGGUACCAAUGGUGGUCCUGGAAGCAGCGAGGAAGGUAAAGAUCGCGGAAAAGGACACAGUCCAUUGUGCGUUGCUGAGUGCGCUCUCAACAGUACCAAUCACCUCGACUCUGACGGAAACAUCAAUCUUGCGGCCGUCAAAGCUAGCUAUGCCCAGCAGACAGCCAACUCGCCUGAAUGGGCCAAAAUUGCAGAGGACGCCAUCACAGCUUGCAUGGACAAUGUAACGAAUCAACCACCUAUUUACGCCGACUCAAGCGCAAGCAACACUGACAAGUGCAGUGACAAGCCUAUUCGUUUCAUCACUUGCAUCCAGAGGCAGUUUGUCCUGAAUGCUCCACCAGGCGAGCAGGUAGCUACUACUCCAUCAAGCCAGCCAAAACUAGGACCACCACUGCCGACCUGCGAAGAGAGGAAGACAAAACUGCAAAAUUGCGACCCGAACUUCAUCAUCCAGUUGCCUAAGGGAAAGAACGGCAAGCUGGAGCAAGGUGGAAAUGGUGUAAAUGGUAGAAUGAAGAAACGCGGCAGUAAAAGGACAAAUCCAGGAGGCAAAAGGAGGAAAUCAGAAUCCAAACAAAUCCCAAAUGUUUGAACAUUAGCCUAAUAAAGCAAUGGGCUAUUCACAGAUAAA